CGACGGUGUCAGGAAGCAGCGCUGCUUAUUUCAUAUUUUGUAGCGAUAAAGACGGAGAGAGCAACGGAUUUUUUUAGGCUGGGGGCACAAAUGAAGACAGUGAAAUAUUUUUAAAUUAUUUCACGUCAGGUUGUUGUCACGGUCAGAGGACUUUGGUUAUGAUUUGGCGUUGAUAUUGGCGAUGUUUACUGUGCGGGCUGGUAGGUUCCUCUGAGGGGUAGCCAAUAACUGGAGCCUCUAGCCUUCAACUGCCUAAAUAUUAGGCAAAUAACACAUUUCAUUUCUUCUACUGGGUCGUGGGCUGGCGCCACGCCAAUUUUUGACUCUGGAGCAGGACACGGAGGAUAGUAUGGCCAUGACGGGAGGGACUGCAGCUGCCCUUCCCAUGAGCAACCACACCCGAGAGAGGGUGACCGUGGCCAAGCUGACACUGGAAAACUUCUACAGCACUCUGCUCACGCAGCACGAGGAGCGCGAGAUGAGGCAGAAGAAGCUGGAGAAGGCCAUGGAAGAAGAGGGUUUACCAGAUGAGGAGAAAGUAAUGCGGCGCUCUCAGCAUGCCCGUAAGGAGACUGAGUUUCUGCGACUGAAGAGGACGCGACUGGGCUUGGACGACUUUGAGUCUCUUAAGGUCAUCGGACGAGGCGCUUUUGGAGAGGUGCGUUUGGUACAGAAGAAAGACACGGGACACAUUUAUGCCAUGAAGAUAUUGAGGAAAGCAGACAUGCUGGAGAAAGAACAGGUUGCUCAUAUCCGGGCGGAGAGGGAUAUUCUGGUGGAGGCGGACGGUGCCUGGGUGGUCAAGAUGUUCUACAGCUUCCAGGACAAGAGGAACCUCUACCUCAUCAUGGAGUUCCUACCUGGAGGCGACAUGAUGACGCUGCUGAUGAAGAAGGACACUCUGUCUGAAGAGGCCACGCAGUUCUACAUAGCAGAGACGGUUCUGGCCAUCGACUCCAUCCACCAGCUGGGCUUCAUCCACAGAGACAUCAAACCAGACAACCUGCUGCUGGACUCCAGAGGACACGUGAAACUGUCAGAUUUUGGCCUUUGUACGGGACUCAAGAAGGCUCAUCGGACUGAGUUUUACAGGAACCUGACGCACAACCCGCCAAGUGAUUUCUCCUUUCAAAAUAUGAACUCCAAGAGGAAAGCAGAGACCUGGAAGAAGAACCGGAGGCAGUUGGCUUACUCCACUGUGGGAACGCCAGACUACAUCGCUCCUGAGGUUUUCAUGCAGACGGGGUACAACAAGCUGUGUGACUGGUGGUCUCUGGGUGUGAUCAUGUAUGAAAUGCUCAUCGGUUACCCACCUUUCUGCUCGGAGACGCCGCAGGAGACGUACAGGAAGGUUAUGAACUGGAAGGAAACGCUCGUCUUCCCACCUGAAGUCCCCAUAUCAGAGAGGGCCAAAGACUUGAUAUUAAAGUAUUGCACAGACGCUGAGAACAGGGUCGGAGCUGUGAGCGUGGAGGAGAUCAAGAGUCAUCAGUUCUUUGAGUCGGUGGACUGGGAGCACAUCAGGGAGCGGCCAGCCGCCAUCUCUAUUGAAAUCAAGAGUAUCGACGACACCUCAAACUUCGACGACUUCCCUGAAUCGGACAUCCUUCAGCCAGCCAACGCGACGGAGCCAGACUUCAAAUCGAAGGACUGGGUGUUCCUCAACUACACGUACAAACGCUUCGAGGGUCUGACCCAGCGAGGCACCAUCCCCACAUACAUGAAGGCAGGGAAGGCCUGACACGCUCACACGGGGAGGCAGUGUCACGGAGAAACACACAGACGUUUACGGACACAGGGUCGGGCCCUGGAGCCCCGCUGGUGCUGAAGGCUGCGCUGUCAGCCUCUCAGUCUAAAUUUAACCCUCAUCACAAGUUAUUUAGGUCUGCUCAGCCGCCGCAAGAACGCCAAGAGCUCGGAAAUUAAGGAGCGUUACCGCAUUACCUCGGUUGUUUAUAUCGUAUACACGUGCCGUCUUUAGCCAUAGCUCUCAGGCCAGCUCACUAACUAGGACACUAAAUCAGCAUAUCUGCAUGUUCAGCGGCAUAUUGCUUCUGGAGAUGAUUUUUUUACUGCCUAACGAUGACGGUGGGAAUGAGGCUUGAAUACAAAUCACUGCUUCGACAUCUUCACGUCUAUAGUUUCUACACUGGUGGCUAAUUUAGCUCUGAUGGAUCUCUGGUAUUGAAGACAAGCUCUAUACACUGUAGUCACACUCUGGGCAAGAACAGGAACGCCUCAGCCGCAGUAGCCCAUAUUCUUAAAGGAAAGUCCCAGCAUGACUUUGAGUGUGUUUGUUCACUUUUUGCUGUGUAUUCACAACUGCAGACAUUUGUGUUUAAAUUGUGAAAAAAAAAAAUCUUGAUUGGAAGCAGCUUGUUUUGGUUAAUCUGAUGUAACCUCAGCAUCAGCCGUCUGCUUUGUCAAGAGCAACAACUAGUAGAGAUGCAGCUGGUGCAGGUUCUUAUUAGGAAAAUGCAAGUUAGGGAAGGAGCCAUGGAUCCUCAAAAAAAAGCUCAAUUGGCAUCAAAACUGUACAAAUGUUUAGGGUUACGGCAUUUUAUGUACCACACGGUUAAAGGCAAGUCUUACUGUAUUUGAUAAAGCGAGCAGCGCGGCCCAACGGUUGGCUGAUCCACCACCUUGAUCCACAUAGAUUGCUGAUUUGGAAUUUGCUGUCAUUGUGACGUUUAUGGAAAAGUACCCAGGAUGCUCAUUUAGACAUGAAGCCGACACACUCAGAUGCUGUCAGAGUAACAGAAGGUUUUUGUCUUCGCGUCAAGUCACCAUGAAACAUGGCCAUUUGCAGCCGAAGUGAAACAAUAACUGCAGCUCCUGAUGACUUGUCAACUGUUUUUUUUCCUAGUAGAUGCCAAAGUUUUGCUUGUUUCUUCUGCUUCAAGGUUUCCUAGCAGUUAGCAAACAAAUAAUUUUGUUUCCAGCUCUUUGUACGGUUUAUUACAGUCAUGCAGAACGUCGCCGAAACCUCCAGGUUGUGACGACACAAUGCCGCCUUGUUGAUUUGCUCCAAAGCAGUUAUUUGACACAACUCUCAUUUUCUCUUAUUUUAAUUUAAUUGUUCACAACAUUUCAAAAGUUGGUGUCAAAUUUGACAAUUAUAUGGAAACACGGCUACUGUGAGAAUGUUAGCAUGCUGUUAGCACUUAGCUUCACUGCAAAGCCUCACAGAACCUCUCUCUAAAAAAAACAACAUUCUCACAACUGACUGACUCAGAAUUUAUAAUCCUGAUUAUUUUUCCUUUUACUCAGCCGUGGAUGAGGCUGAAGUGAAAAUACUUUGGCUGCCUGGCGCUGCUUUCAUGUGACUUGUCUCAAAGCUUUAGCAAACGGUGACGGCAUCACAGGGAUAGAAAAUAUACAACAAACGAGCAAACACUCAAAUCAUGCUGGAGUCCUCCUUUAAUCCUCAUGCUAGUGAUACACUGCACGUCUUUGUGGAGGCUCAGUGGGGUAACAUUGCCUCGGCGCUGUUGCUGUUCUCACAGAGGAACAACUUGUUGCCAGGAAACGUGUAAAUGCAGUUUACCCUGUGCUUGACAUCCGUUACUGCGGAGUGUUGCCCAUUCACAUUGCCAAACUGCUGAGUGCGCCCCUUCCCUUUAGAGUCACUUGUUUUGUUCAGAUCAGUGCUACAGUAAUUGAUAUUUCCCCCUCAUUUUAAUUCUAAUCAGUCCAAGGCCCUAUCACUUCCUUCUUAGAUGGACAAAACAUGCAAAGUGCCUUUUUAAAAAUCGCUUAUAAAUAUUUAACCAGAUAUUUAGCUGAUAUUUUAGCAGAGAUUAGUCAGAAGGCAUUCAUUAAAAUUAGAUUAAAAACACAAAAGUUGUUUGACUGAGGGAAGUAGCAACAGGGAAAACUGUGAGAAAAAUGGAAAGGGAGAAAGUAAAAAGGUUUAUUGGUAAACUUAAAUAAAUACAAAGCUCUGAUGUGUCGGUUAUAUUUAAUGUCUGCAGAGUGAUAAAGCAAAUGUGAAGUCAUAAAGGUGAUAAAAGAGCAGAGAGACACAAAGGCAGUAAAGGACAGCAGGUGUUUGCAGGUUAGAUAUUGAAACAGGAGGCUCGUAAAAAGGAAAUACGUCAGUGAAAACACAAUGAACAAUCUGUUUUUGACAAGAUGAGCGUAAAGUAGAUACGAAAAACGACAUAAAAGUAGAUUAACAUGGUCGAUCUCUUAGAGGUGUGUUUCAUUUUUGUCCUUCAUUAUUUGUUCAUUUUCAAUCCAUCAGAUGUAUUUAAUGUCUUUUUUUUUUUCCUCCGAAGAAGGAGAACCUUCAUCUGAUCUGAGGCCUGUUUUUCUCAACAAAACAAACCAUUUAGCCAACAUCAGAGUUGUGAAUAGGCACAGUGCUAAAAAAAAAAAAAAAGAGUUACCAAAGAACUCUGGUCAUCACACGUCGUGAUCUGUACACAAAUUUAGAUGUAGCUGUCGCUUACUGCACUUAACUUCAAACUACCUUACAAGAAAACACCUUUCCAACAGAGCUAACGUUGGUUAUGGAAUAAUUUGCCAUUUCUAUUUCUACACUUGUGAGAAAAUGAGAGUGCAUGGACAGAUGUUAGGAUGUCUGUGAAGUGUGGAGCUAUAAAUGUACAUACAGGGACAGGAAACUACUGUACCACAGUUCAGCUGUAGCCAUCACAGGAAUCCCAUAUUCAACCGUUUGUGGUGCUAUUUCUGAGGGUUUUAUCGAGGAAGUGAGUGGUCUAGCAGUUUGAUCAUUUAGACUGAGUCGUUAUAAACACCCGUGUGAGUGUCUCCUUUUAUAUUUGAUCUGCUCCAUUCAUUCAUUCACAUCGUCCUGCUGAAAAUGUGUUGGCCAAGAAUACACACAUCAAGACUGACAAAACGUACAAACUGUGUUCGACUGAUGAGCGACGUUGAAGGCUGAAAUGUGUAUAUUUUUGUAUUAUUUAUUCUUUUCGUGUUGUCCGUGUUGAUAAAUUGGAGUUCUGCUAACGUUUAUUAUGUUUAAAUUGGACGAUUUUCAUGUUGUUUCUUUGACCUUAAAUUUAAAGGGGCACUCCAGCUUUUAUGUAACGUGAGGAAGCUUAAGAAAACUGAUGCAGCAGAUGCGGGGACAGCCUGACUGUUAGUCCUGAUGGGUGAUGUUCUAACACCAGUUAAUCACGUCUCAUAGUGCGACUUUACAGUGGAUUCUUCCCCCUGGUAUACGCUCACGUCUUCUGAGCUCCACACCUGGUUGUAAAAUUUUCUGUUCACAAUUUGUCAUCACUUUGGCAUCAUCUGGGUUCUUUUUUUCGGACUUUGUUCACUCCAGAGCAACAUUAGACAUUGUACAGCUGUUUUCACCAGAGCCUGACAAAAUACCGGCUGAUGCUGGCCUACCCCUGAUAGACUAGUAUCGAUGUACAUGUUGUCCAAUAUGCAUCGAUUUACAAAAAAGAAGAAGAAAAGAUGCCUGAGGUAGUUUGGAAACAGUGUCAUUACUUUUCUCUGACUCCAUUGUUCACAACACACUGUCUGCAGCACAUGUAGCAGAGAAUGCAGUUGAGCAGAUGGUGGUGCGGAGUCGAGCUGUGUCUAAACUAGAUUAUGAAACCCUCUGCUUCAAAGCUGAUAAACAACGAGCCCAUAAUGUUCUCUAACAGUUCAGAGUGUAUACACAGAAGAAAAUCAUCUCAUGUAAGAAUAUUGGAAUUUUUUUACUCCCUAAAAACUGGUAUUGGUCAGACUCUGGUUUUCACAGCUGAGUAGUGCCUCCUGUGACGAGUAAACCGAACUAGAUGUGUAAAAUUGGUGGAGUGCCCCUUUAAUCAGAGACAGAAAACGCCUCGGAACCAACCGAUCCGCAUCAUACCAGACAGACAACCCCAUUGGUUAAUACAUAUUUUAGGUCACAUGUAUGGGUCUAAUCCAAGUCCAGAUGUAAUCGAAGCUAAGACCAGCUUGCAGGAAGGCCCCACUGGAGGACAGUAGCAGGACAGAUGCAUGAUGGGGGAUUUUUCCUGGUGGCUACCACUGCGGAUUCCCGGCUGUGUCUAAUCACUGGAACACACACAGACACAGCCUGGAAGAAGCUCAACUGCUGUAUUCAGAGCAUCCUCAGUUCAGAUGGCUCAUGGAAAACUCGUGUGUGUGUUUGUGUGUGUGACUGAGUGUGUAACGGCAAAAAUGACAUUUUCAUGAAGUAGAUAUCCAGCGCUUUUCUGUUGUGAGGUGAUGUGUCACCACGUUCAAUGUCAAACUCACGUUCUGUUUUGUAAUAGACAAAUGACCACGCUUUUUGUUUGUUCUUCAUCAGGAGUAGAUGGUAACGGAGGGUAAAUACUGUGUUCGGGAUCCUUACAAUUCUCUCUCUAUAUAUAUAUUUAAGAUGACUUGAAACCCGUAACUGUGUCACUUUAUCUAAAGGGAGUUAAAUUCUUGCAGUUUUCCACGAGAGUUCAGGAGAGGUUUCACUUUGAUCACGUGUUACGACGCCAGACAAUUCAUUUGUGAAGGACCAAACCAGCUCACUGACUCAGCGUUGUUCGGCAGAUCACUGUCACAUAAUGUUUCACCGUGACUGAAAUAUUAUGCAUUAACUAAGAGAGCAGGGAAAAGUGUGUAUAUAUUAUUAUUUAAAAAAACAAAAAAACACAACUGACAAAAAUAAAAGAUGAAAGCAGAAUCUAGCUUUAGACACCUUCAUAGUAAUUUGGCUAAUCCGAGUUAAUCCCCCCUCGUUCAAGCAAGAACUCCGUCUCCUCGUGAAGGUUCUCAAACCGCCCUCCACAGGCCAGGACGAUGUUGUGAGGUGUUUUGUGUAAUGAUGUGUACAUAUUGUUGUAGACACUCGAAGGCAACUGUCUGUGGAGUGAAGGACGAAAUGCUCAUUAAUAUAUUCAUUCACGUUGGUGAGUUUUUAUGUUGAUAAAAAUGCUUCAAAUAAUAAAAUAAACACUUCAAGUCUUU